UAAUAAUCAUUUUUCCUCAGAUUUCCAAAAUGGUGAAAUGCACUCCGGACCUGAUAGAGUGCGCUGGGCAGUAUAUCAACCCUAUUCGUGACCGGGAACUAGAUCUUCGUGGUUACAAGAUUCCGGUCAUAGAGAACUUAGGCUCUACCCUGGACCAGUUUGAUACAAUCGACUUCAGUGACAAUGAGAUCCGUAAACUAGACGGGUUCCCGUUCCUCUCCAGGGUUAAAACUCUUCUCAUGAACAACAACAGAAUUGUCAGGAUUUCAGAAGGUUUGGAGUUGAACCUACCCCAUCUAGAGACUCUGAUACUCACUAACAACUCAAUCCAGGAGCUGGCAGACCUUGAACCUCUCACUACCAUCAAGGGUCUGAGAAUGCUGUCCCUGUUACACAAUCCUGUUAUAACCAGGAGAAACUAUAGAUCCUACGUCAUUCAUAAGUUCCCUAAUCUAAAGGUAUUGGAUUUCAAGAAGAUAAAAGAGAAGGAGCGAGAAACCGCCAAACUUCUCUUUAAAUCUAAGGAAGGGAAAACCCAGUUGAAGGAUAUUCAACAGAAGGCCAAGACGUUUGUACCCGGAGCGGCGCUGCCUGAGGCAACCAACAAAGCUACCAAUCCUGCUGGUCUCAACCCUGAGCAGGUUAAGAAUAUCAAAGCUGCGAUUGCUAAAGCCAGUUCGUUGGAGGAGGUUGAGAGGUUGAACCAGAUGCUGAGAACAGGACAGAUACCAGGAGGAGCUAAACCUACAUCUACAGAUGAGGAGAUGGAUGAAAACUAGAAGAUGGAGACAAGAGAAA